UCUGUUAUUAGAUCUGUGAUUUUGGAUUGGCUCGUGUAGCAGAUCCAGAUCAUGACCACACUGGUUUCUUGACAGAAUAUGUAGCCACACGUUGGUACAGAGCUCCUGAGAUCAUGUUGAAUUCUAAGGGUUACACCAAAUCUAUUGAUAUUUGGUCUGUUGGCUGUAUUUUGGCAGAGAUGUUGUCAAACAGACCCAUCUUUCCAGGAAAACACUACCUUGAUCAACUGAACCAUAUCCUUGGAAUACUUGGAUCUCCUUCUCAAGAAGAUUUGAACUGUAUAAUCAAUUUGAAAGCCAGAAAUUAUUUGCUUUCUUUACCAUACAAAAAUAAGGUGCCGUGGAACAGGCUGUUUCCAAAUGCUGACCCCAAAGCACUUGAUUUGUUGGAUAAAAUGUUGACUUUCAACCCUCAUAAGAGAAUUGAAGUAGAAGAAGCGUUGGCCCAUCCAUAUCUAGAGCAGUAUUAUGAUCCAAGUGAUGAGCCUGUAGCUGAAGCUCCCUUCAAGUUUGACAUGGAGUUGGAUGAUUUGCCGAAGGAAAAACUGAAAGAACUAAUUUUUGAGGAAACUGCCCGAUUCCAGCCAGGAUACAGAUCUUAAAUUACAGAUGGAGAAAGGCAUCAAAGGGCUGGGCAUACAUCACAAAUGUUCUCUUCCUGGUUCUCUGGCCAUGUCAGGUGGCCUCUCUCAGCUUAUCCACUAACUACUUCAAGCCAUUCAGGAGGGCAGUUUCUGGUAGUCCUGGCUUCUAUGCUUUCAACGGAUUCUUUAUUUAUGCCGGAGAAAUUGACACUCCUAUGUGUAACGUCCUUCAUUGGCAUUUUACAGUACUGUCCUUUCACGUACAUCUACAACUGAUGCAUAUGAACUGCUCCCUUUCUGAUUUGAAAGAUGCAGUGUUUCGUUUCUGAUUUUAACCAAGAUGAUCAGUAACAAAUGUUGGCGCCGUGAACCAUUUUCUCUCCUAGGUUUUAUUAGCGGCAUUUUUAGGAAAAAGCUAUGAUUUAAGGCACUUUAAAUCAGUGGAGUCCCUAUUCUUUUGCACUUGUGUUAGCAGUAGUGGUUUACUUUAACAAUACAGACAAGCAGAAUAACACCAUAGUCUACAUUAAUGUUUAUUUGCUUGUUCUGGGUUUUUUGUUUUGUAUUUUACCUAUCAAUUAAUGCAGGACAUUUUACUUUAAAGGCAUUUACAAAACUUGCUUUGUUAACAAAGCUAUGGGGAAAAAAUCUCCCCUUCAGAGAUUCUAGGUACUUAUGCACUGUUAAAGGAAUGGUACUUCCAGAGUUCCUGCUGUCAUAUUUACGCGAUGCGUGUUGAGAGAAUGAUUUUGGACAAAGCUUGCAAUUUCCUUUUUUGGAAGACAUCCAUGUGAUGUGUAUCGGUAGCUAGAUUCUCACGUGACUUAUUGUAAACUCAGUCUACUCUCGGGUACCAAUGAAAUACUUCAGGAGUUCCUGUUAAGUAUAACUUUUGAAUUUUAUGUGGAGGUCUUUGUUAAAGGAACACUGCAUCUUUAAAUUAGAAAGUUAGGGUUUACCGUUUCUUUCCCAGCAUGUCAACAUCUCAUGUUUAUUUCUCAUAACUUGCCCUUGUCAUGGACUCAGUGAAUUUGAUAGUACGUCACACGAACUGUUGUCGGAUACUUAUUCCAGCAUUGUACCUAAUGCUGUGUUGGGCCCACCGAACAAAGCUAUCGCUAAAUCAUGUUUCAUCUAUACCUUUUUAAAAAAUGAUAGCUCUUCAAGUAUUUGUUUCUGGAAUUGUAUACUGUGGAGUUGACUAGAUGUUAUGUUUCAGUGCAGUGCCUCCUUUCCCCACUGCUCUGUGGUGAGAAAUUUGCCUUGUUUGAGAUAAUUACUGUGCCCUCGCAUGACUGUUAAAAGCUUCCUGUGCAAAGAUGACUGUCUAAGUGCCACAUGCCUACAAUUGAAAAAAAAAGUUACCUCCAAGUUGUGUUAAAUGAAAUUGGGGGGGGGGGGGGAUUAGUUUUGCUCUAGCUAUUCAUUUCUCUGCUCUGUUUUAUCUUGGCAGUGGUGAAGAACGGAUUGUACAAAGACUGCUUACUAAUAUAAAAACACACUUGUGAUUAAUAAAUAAUCCUGUAUCUUUAUGUUAAGCUUUCAAAUAGCUUGAUUUGCUCUUUGAUAAAGUGUUUAGAUGGAAUUAUGGCUUGUUUGGCUACUGUAGUAUUUAAGAACUCUUGCUGAUGUGUAGCACUCAUUCUGUUUUUCAUACAUUUUAGAAACCUUGAUUCUUGGGAUGUUUACUCAGAAUAAAGUCCCACUCAGAUCAAUAGGACUCACUUGCAUGGAACUGUAUAUAGGACUGUAGUUACCAAUUUGGCUGAAGUUAGUCAAGUUCCAUAGAAAGCAAUAGGGCAUAAGUUAAUCAUGACAAACUUGGUUUUCUUGGUUUCAGUGAGAUUUAGUCAGGUGAAACUUCAGUUAGAUUGGGACUCUGGUGCACAAGAAUGCUUACAAGACUCAAAAAUUUAAGUUUUCCUUAAUGUAUAUUUGAAAUAUCAGCCAGCUGAAGCUAAUGCUAAUAAUGUGUUUGUCUUCAAAGGGCUUUUUCUAUGAAUUUCUGUGGUCCAUAAUCCUACUAUGUAAAGCACACAUUCAGAGCACUGUAGGGACAAUCCUGGGCAGAUGUCAACUCCUCUGUGAUCCCGCACUUGGCUGCUUGUACUGGGUGUGGAAACUUUGCCUUUCUGCACAUUGUCCGUUACCAAAACAUUGCCCCUUGCUGAGUUGAAAGCCCCAGCUGUCCACCUGCAUGAUGGUUACAAAUUUAAUCUGGUGAGUUUUGAAAGACAACUGUUAAUGAAAACUCUGGUGGUGGUAGAACUGUGAUCUUAUGAUGGAAUGGCUUUGGCAGAUUUUUUUUUUUGUGUGUGUGUCCCUGUGUUGGUUUUGAGUUUUUAACUUUUUGUAUUAUAAAUUACCUUAUUGACUUUACAUCCCUACACAAGAAGACAUGGACAUGAUGGUCUCAUAUCUGGUGCUUUGAGGCAUUCUUUCUGUCUGUUGCAGCAGGUUGGCUUGAAACCACUAACUGCAGUCAUUCAGUGCCGCUGUGCUUGAGCCGCUGCCUGAUCUUGAGUGGGAUUUUUGGCAGAAUGGGAAGCCUUUUAAAAGAAAGAGCUUAUAACAGUGUGCUUUUUAAUAAACACUUUUAAUACCGAUUCUGUUUCUACUUACCAUUUCUAAAACUUCUUACGAAAACAACUACUGUGAGGUCAUGUAAGAAAAGUGGUGUAGAAGUGUUCAGAGAUCUUGGGUUUGUGGACUGCAUCUGCUGUGGUUGAUGUGAGCUGAAUGGAGAAGUGCAUAUUGCCUGGUCCACUGUGGGGAAUCCUUGAAUUCGUAGUCAGUUUGGAGACUAUGCAUAUUGAACAGGCAAUAUACUAAACUAGUAGUAAAGUAGGGGAAGAAAGACAGCGGGCCUAGAUAGGGCAGGGGGGUGAGGGCAGGUAGGGGCUGGGAGGGCUUGCUUGUGGUGGUGGGGAGGGCAAGGGGACUUUUGGAGCUCCAGGGCAGGGAUGGAAUAUUCAACAACAAACCCUCCACUAAUAAGGGAGCAGGACGUGAAGACUAUAGUUACCAAUUUGUAGUUACCAUUAGUAGAGGGUUUGUUGUGGAACAUUCCAUCCCUUAGUGCUUUAUAUAUUGGUAAGAGUCAUUUUGUCAACUUGUGGAUAUUCUCCAUUCCACUUCUGCUAACUAUGACACAUUCUGGCUGUCAAACAUUCCAGCCAUAAGUUAAUAGUACCUUACAGGUCAUUUGGGCGUGAUGUAACGAUAUCGUGUGUCCUGGCUGUGAUUGAACUUCGCUUUAAGGCCUAAACUCUUCUAAAGCCAUAUUUUAUGUGCCAUUCAUGGGGAGCCUUGUAAUGUAUGCUUUGUUUUCAAGAAACAGUUAAUGGAAGACAACCUGUUUCCACUGUAAAAUUUUAAAAUAUGAAGUUGCCUUAUACCGAGUCGGACCAUUGGUCCACCUAGCCCAGUACUGUUGAUCUUGAUUGGCAGUUGCUUUCCAAAGUCUGGGGCAGAAGUUGCUGCCAGCUCUGCUAAGAUGCAUUUUUGACUGGACAUGCCAGGGUAGAACUUGGGUCCUCCUGGCAUGCCAGCUUUAAGCUCCGCUGCUGAGCUGUCGCCCUACCCAUUCUAUGAUCUAUUCAUAACUUGCCUGAAAGAUGUUACCUGACAGAAUGUAGUGGGGAUUUGAUAACUUUUGUGAAUAAACUGGUUUCUGUACAUUUUUACAGCCCCAUUGCUUUAACGUAACAGUUUUAAAAUGGCUCAGAUAUAGCAUUCAUAGUAUAUGAUUUUAUUCCCUUGCAUAGUACUUCUAUAUUUAUAAAGCAAUGUUUUGAAGCAAUUCCAAGUUUAAGGGAAAGUAUUUUUGUAAGUGUAGUGGUUCAAGUCCAAGAAUUUCUUUAACAUAAGUUCAAAAUACUUUAAUGCUUUAAAAAAAAACACUGAAAUACAUCUCUAAAGAAAUGAAAAGUGCACAUUAGUAGAGCAUUCUAGUCAUCUGUAUUGUAGCAUGUGCUGUGACUGGAACCGAAAUGGAAUAUUGGAUAUGGCGACAGAGCUGAUUUUGUGAGCUCAGAACAAACUUCUCCAUGGUUGCAGCAGGUUUACUUGGCUAUUGUUGCCUUUUCUUGUGGUGUUUCAGUGUCGAGUGAGCACUCCUGAGGAAAUACUUUGCUUUGUAUUUGCUUUGUACUGUCGGUGCCUUAGUCAUGUACUCCAGACAUCCCACAUAGCUAAUUUUUAGUUCAUGUUUAAGUUAAAAACUAAACUAAACUUAAAACUAAAGCAGAGUUUUAUAAAAAGUUUUCUGUAUGUUACAUUAUAACUAAACAUUUAUAUUGUGUGACAGAUUUGUGAUUUGGUUAAUAUAAUAUGUAUAGAAUUAUUGUAAGUAGAAAAAGUUUAUAUUUUGUCUUAAUUAUGUUGAUGUAAACGUAUAAUUUUUUUAAAAGAACAUCAGUUAAUUAAAUUGUCUUGUUAGUAUAUGCCACCAAAUUCUUGUAAAAACAAAUGUGACAAAAUCAUUAAAUUGUGAUCUUGUGUUACCAAAAUAGCAUAGUACUGUACAUAUGUAGAAUGCUCAGAGACUGUCUUGGAGCAAAAUAAACCCCUGUUAACUGUUGUA